UUUUGUUUUCCUUGUGCUUCUGUUCUUCACCUUCCCACCCUUUAAACCCUUUGUUCCUGUCCAAGAGCUGGUAGAGUGUCAAUUUUUGUUUUUUCUUCUUUUUUGUAGCACCCAUUUGCCUCUUUUGAAGUCCAAGCUUUUCUUUCCUUUUCUACGCCCCUUUUGGACAACUCGACUUUGCUAAUGUUUUUUCUGGGCUAUGAAUGCGUAUCACAAUGCUUAUUAGUUCAAGUUUAGGUCUUGUGCAUUGUGUAUUCUUUUUUGUUUUAAUCCAUUUUUUUAAUCCAUUUUUAUUUUAUUUUUUAUAAUUGUUAUCUCAAUGGUCUUACAUAUUCCAGUCUUGUCCCUUACAUAUUCUUCUUCUUCUUCUUCUUCGUGGACAAUGAAACCUGAAAUUUCCAUAAUAUUGAAAAGAAAUAAAAGACUAAGCUAACUUGACUGGCAAUCCCUGCAUGUGUGAAAUGCCAAAAACAAAAUAUUUUGAAUUAGUUUGUUGUGCAAAAGGGGAGAUAGAUAGAUAGAGAAGAGAAGAGAAUUUGGGGUGUUUUGAAACUUCACAUGGGUGGUUGAACAACUUUCCAAUUUUGUAUUAGCAUCAGCAGAGGCAUAUGCAGGCUUUUUGCUUCAGAAAAGUUCACAUACUUAAAGGUUCAGAUAAAUGUGAUAUAUAUGCGAGACUACUUUAUAAAGAAUGCCAGGCUAUCCUGUUGCAGCUUGUGAAACAACAUAUUCUAUAGGCACAGAUCAACCAAGCCAUCGAGACGCUUCUGUGCAUUUAUCUGCGGAAGAGGAGCUUGCUGCAGAAGAGAGUCUUUCAAUUUAUUGCAAGCCUGUAGAGUUCUACAACAUUCUUCAGCGACGUGCUAUACGAAAUCCAUCAUUCCUUCAGAAAUGUUUAGACUACCAGAUAAAGGCUAAGAACAAGAAAAGGAUAAAAAUGACAGUUUCAUUGUCAUGGAGUGUUGAUGAAACUCAGACUGUGUUUCCUCUGCAUAUCUGUCUGGCAAGGCUGAAUCCUAAUAAUAAAGAUGCAGAGUAUUCUGCUGUUUACCGAACCAGUCGGUUAUUCAUCUUUCAUGAGUCCUCUGGAAUUGAUGGAAAUACUCUAGUCCGAGCAAACUUUACGCUCCCUGAAGUUAAAAAGUUAGCUGUGGAGGCUAGGGCUGACUCAAUUGCUAUCUUGUUUUUCACCACUGUGGAAAACCCAAAUUCAUCAUCUGGAGUCAAUGCAAGCCUGGUGCCAUUGGAUUUGACUUCUUAUGAAUCAAGAGUUGGGAAGUACUGCUUAUGUGGGAAAGUAUCUUUGCAAUCACUUUAUAUGGCUUGGGAUAGUUCUCCAAAUUUUAGGUUGGGACAGCGAGCUGAGAUAAUGUCUACUGUUGAUUUGCUUCCAUGUAUUUUGAAGUAUGAAUUUCUAAAUAAGGGCGGGAGCGUCUCAGUUCAAGACCUCUGUAACUCUGAGAAUGUGAGUACAUCCAAGCAAGUUCAAAUCACAAUUUCUGCCGAAGAGUUUGGGGCCAAGGACAAAUCUCCCUACCAUACACAUGCAAGCAGUGAAGUAUCGUCGUCAUCAUUAUCUCGUAUCAUGCGGUUGAAAGAAGGAAAUGUCAUGUUUAAUUACAGGUAUUACAAUAAUAAGUUGCAGAGAACGGAAGUUGUUGAAGAUUUCUGCUGUCCAUUCUGUUUGGUUAAAUGUGCAAGCUAUAAGGGUCUAAGAUAUCACUUGUUCUCGUCACAUGAUCUUUUCAACUUUGAAUUUUCGGCAUCGGAGGAUUGUCAGGUUGUAAAUGUGUCUGUAAAAACUGAUAACUGGAGAUCUGAGAUUGUUGCAGAUGGUGUUGAUCCAAAAGUACAAACUUUCAUCUAUUGUGCCAAGCCACUUAAGCGCAGAAGUUCGGAGAAUGAAUCUUCUGAAAAUGUGAAGGAUGCCGAGUCACUGCUCUUAGAGUCUGAAAUUCCUGCAGACCCACUGCUCUUAGAGACUGAAAUUCCCUCAGAACCAUUGCUCUUAGAAUCUGAAAUUCCUGCAGACCCACUGCUCUUAGAAUCUGAAAAUCCUGCUGGAGAAACUGAGCUUUUGGAGAAGGCUGAUGGGGUUUCAAAUGCUAUUAUUCAAUCAAAUCCUGAUCCAGAUUGUGUCCCACCAAUAUCUGAGCAUGAUCAUGGCACUUCUGCAGUGCGACGGGUUGCCAAGAGAGGGAAGUUACAAGUGGAGCAUUCUGACUCACGAAACACUGACCUGUUGAGAAAGCGACAGUUUUAUCACUCUCGCAAAGUCCAGCCAAUUGCACUUCAAGACGUUCUAUCUGGUGAAGACAGUGAGAAUGAAAUUGAUGAAGAAGUUGCAGGCAUUGAAGAACGAAGGAUGCUUGGUAAUUUUAUUGAUUUGAACGACGAUGAGAAGCGACUCAUGCAUAUAUGGAACUCAUUUACUCGGAGGCAAGGCGUGCUGGCAGAUGGUCACGUUCCUUGGGCAUACGAGGCUUUCACAAAAUUGCAUAUCGUUGAGCUUGUCAAAUCCACCAGUUUUGCUUGGCAUUGGAGACUGUUUAUGAUCAAACUAUAUAAUCAUGGUCUUCUAGAUGCGCGAACCAUGAAUGAAUGUAGUAUAAUUUAUCAAGAUCACUACAAUGCUGCAAAAUCAGAUCGCAAUAGGCAGAAUUCAGAUCCCAAUAGGCAGAAUCCAGAUCCCAAUAGGCAGAAUCCAGAUCCUAAUAGGCAGAAUCCAGAUCCUAAUAUGCAGAAUCCAGAUCCCAAUAGGCAGAAUUCAGAUCCUAAUAGGCAGAAUCCAGAUCCCAAUAGGCAGGAUCCAGAUUCCAAUAUGCAGAAUUCAGAUCCCAAUAUGCAGAAUCCAGAUUCCAAUAUGCAGAAUUCAGAUCCCAAUAGCUAAAGGAAAUUCAGUUUUUUUAUCCCAUAUAAAUAGAAGAAACAGAUUACAUUGAAAGGGACUUCUUUACUAGGUGCAAAUUGCUAUCACCGUUUUGUGGAAGCUUCUUUCUUUCAAUUUAUAACCUUGUACUGUUAUUAUCUUGAGAGUGUUGUACCAUAAAUUUGCCAAGGGAUAAAAGUUUCAUCCCUUUGUCUCUUUUUCUGCGGCAAUGAGCUUAAGAAGUUUUUAGCAACCUGAGUAUUAUGUGCUUGAUCCAUUUCUGUUAGUGUUUGAAAUUCUGUAUGGGAACUGGAUCCAAAAGGAACAUUGUG